AUGGGUUCCAUUCCAACCCGCAAGCAACCCAACUUUCUCGUCAUCGUCGCCGAUGACCUGGGCUACAGUGACCUUGGAUGCUUUGGCUCCGAGAUAAAGACUCCAAAUCUCGAUCGCCUCUCUCAGACUGGCGUGCGACUAACCAAUUUCCAUACGGCUUCAGCAUGCUCUCCAACUAGGAGCAUGCUGUUCUCCGGAACGGACAACCACAUUGCGGGCCUGGGCCAGAUGACAGAGCACAUGGCGAGGUUCAUGGAUAAGUAUAAGAACAGGCCUGGCUAUGAGGGGUAUCUCAACUUUCGCGUUGCUGCGCUUAGUGAGAUUCUCCAAGAUGCUGGUUAUCAUACAAUGAUGUCUGGAAAAUGGCACCUCGGAACGACGAACGAGACCUCACCUCAUGCGAGAGGUUUCGACAACAGCUAUGUCUUCUUAUCAGGCUGUUGUAAUCACUACAACUAUGAACCACAGCUUGACGACCCAGCUCACGGAUUCUUCACACCCAUGAACGCCGGCAAGUUCUGGAUGCAAGACGACAGAUUCUUAGAUCGUAAAAACCCAAAAGAUAUCCCCGAAGACUUUUACUCGACAACUACCUUUUCUGAAAAGUUGAUCGACUACCUAAAAGAUCGCAAAGACACUGAACAGCCAUGCUUUGCGUACCUACCUUUCACCGCACCCCAUUGGCCUCUUCAGGCGCCGCGUGAGACAAUCGAGAAAUACAAGGGCAUCUACGACGAUGGACCAGCAGCUUUGCGCAAAAGAAGGCUGGCGAACCUCGUUAAAUUGGGACUCAUCUCUGAAGACACGGAGCCAGCUCCCAUGACAGUCGAACUGUGGGACAAGAUGUCACCUACGGAGAAGGCUGAGUCGGCGAGGAAAAUGGAAGUCUAUGCCGCCAUGGUAGAUCUCAUAGACGUCAAUGUCGGCCGCGUGGUGGACUAUCUUGACUCUGUUGGCGAAUUAGACAAUACCUUUGUCCUCUUCAUGUCGGACAACGGAGCCGAAGGGGCUAUGCUCGAAGCUGUUCCCAUGAUGGGCAGUGUUGGCAGUGUCCCAAGAAUCAUCAACAAAUACUACAACAACUCGAUUGAUAAUAUGGGAAUGGCAGACUCUUAUAUCUGGUAUGGUCCUGAGUGGGCAUGUGCGUCAAUGGCGCCCUCUAGGGGUUUCAAGACUUGGAUCACCGAAGGCGGUAUUAGAUGUCCAUGCCUUGUUCGAUAUCCUCCUUUCUCGAAGGCUGGUGGAUCGCAUACCGACUCGUUCUGUACAGUCAUGGAUAUUCUACCCACAGUCCUUGACUUGGCGGGUGUUCCCCUACCAGGAAGCAAGUUCCGAGGCAGAGAAGUUUUCCCCGUUAGGGGAUCCUCAUGGGUGUCGCAUCUUGAAGAUCAAUCUCCCGCUUUUCACGAUGAGGAGAAGGAGAUAACCGGUUGGGAACUGUUUGGCCUUCGAGCCAUCAGGGAGGGUCACUGGAAGGCUUUAUAUAUGACCGCACCAAGAGGAAAGGACAAAUGGGAGCUAUACAACCUGAAGAACGAUCCAGGCGAGUUGCACGAUCUCGCUGACAAUAACCCUGAUAUCAUGGACCGCCUGAUUAGUUUCUGGGGGAUCUACUACUCAGAAACAGGAAUGUUUGACCCAGGACAUGAGUUCGGUGUCACCAAGAUCUAG